AUGAGGGAAGACGAAUCAUACUUAUUCACUGGUCUCCGUUUUGGAUACAAAUAUUUCUUUGGGGUGUCGGCUAUCGACGAGGCGAGGUCCAAACGCACAUCCAUAGAGGCUUUCAAGCAGCAGGAAUCGCCAGAUUGCUAUCUGGAAACUGGCGACAGGGAGUUCUGCAGGACACAAAGUGUGGAGAUAUCGGGGGUUCCCCUAGAUUUCCAAGUGGACUGUGUAGCGCCUUCAUUGUCUGAUCAGGGGGACACCGGUCAGUACACAGCGGUCUUGUCUUGGACUCCUCCCAUUCAAGUAAACGGUAGAAUCACCGACUAUGAGUUGCGCUAUGGCAAAUCUAGCAGCAAUUUGGCCGAGCAGAUUCCAUAUUAUAAGAAGACUAAGGUUUACAGUAAGGAGCUAAGACAUCUCGAAGAGUUCUCAAAUUUCACGGCACAGGUGAGAGCUUUUGUGGAUGGAAAAGGUGGACCAAAGGCCACUCUGAAAUUCAAUACGUACCACGAGCAGCUGGCCAAUGAUUUAAGCCACCAAAGUGAAUGUGACGAGUUGUUUUAAACAAAGAGUAUUGAGGGAAACGGCAAUCUGCUUCUGCUUGCCAUUUUAUUCGAUUUCUGCAAGACGAAGAUAAAUACAUGUUGUCAGGUCUUCCA